AAUUUUCAUCCAGCCAUUUUCUGAACAUCUUAUCCUCACAAGGGUCGCAGGAGUGCUGGAGCCUAUCCCAGCUAUCAUCGAGGCAGCAGAAGGGCUGAACUGGUCGCCAGCCAAUCUGAGAGCUCAUGGAGAAAAACCAAAGUCUCACUCACAAUCACACCUCGGUGUAAUAUAGAAUCUCCAAUUAAUGCAUGUUUUUGGGAUGUGGGGAAAAAAACCCACACAGGCACGGGGAGAACAUUCAAACUCUACACAGCCGGGGCUGGGAUUUGAAUCCCGGUACUCAGAAACGUGAGGCCAUGUGCAACUCGUUCGAGAGGAGAGUUUCUGUGGCCCUCUGGCUCUUAAUUUGCUCACCACUGCGGUGACGCUUUCAGGUGCGAGAGGAAAAUUCAUGAAUGCGUUCUAUGUCCUUGUCCUAUGCGUUCGAUGGCUUUAAUGUACCCUUGGACACUGUCAAACAUCAUUAGAAGGGACUUAUUUCAAUUUAUUGUACCCAAAUUUUAAUGACGCUUAAUAAAAAGAAACGUCAAUUUCAGUUCUGUAAAAUGUUACAAUUUGGAAAGUUGACAGGACGGAAAUCUCACAUGAAGCCACUCCCAUUUCCGGUAAAGCGUGUCAAGCGCUAUCUGGCUGGGUGGAAAAACAAAACAAAACAAAAAACAACACAAACUGAGCCCGAUCCGAUACCGGGGCUCCAUUCACGAUUUCAUCUUCGGAGGUUCCACUUCCGCUCCUCAGAGUUCCCGGGUUCGGGGGAGAACAUGGCCGAACGGAAGUAGCCUUUAGCCCGGGCUUGUAGGCCGAGCGGAUGGCCGCAGCCGGUCAAAUGGAGAGACAGGUGAAGCUGCUGCUCUCGUCCGAGCUGCGCGUCCGCAACGUCAGCUACGAAGUGAGCCUGAGCCGGUCCUUGCUCACCUGGAAGAGGCGAAGCUUCAGCCCGGCGUACCACCCGUUCAGACACAAUGUGUGUCACAGCAUGUGCGUAUCAGAGAUCAUCAGCGUGUGCGAGGAGGACAAAAAGGAAGAGGAGCAGAGGAGUGGCAGAGAAGAUGGCAGCUGGAAGAAGAUCGGAGAGAGAGAAGACAAACACUGCAGGCGUUGUUUCACAGUGUCGUACGUGGAGAGGUGUCAACAGCAUCGCUGGCGGUGCACUGACGUCACCUUCACCUGUCCCCAGGUAGCGCUGUGCCGCCACUGGGUGAACACCAUCAGAGAGCAGCUGGCAGCCAUCAGUAGCAGACCCUCAAAACUGCUGGUGUACAUCAACCCAUAUGGCGGCAAACGUCAGGCCAAGCGAGUCUAUCGGCAGAAGGUGGCACCGCUCUUCGCCCUCGCUGGCAUCAGCACACACGUUAUCGUGACCGAGUACGCCAACCAUGCUCGCGAUCACCUGCGGGAGGACGCGGAGCUGAACAAGUACGACGGCGUGGUGUGCGUGGGCGGCGACGGCAUGUUUAGCGAGAUGGUCCAUGGCUUGGUGUGGCGAACGCAGAAGGACGGUGGCGUGGAUGUCGACAGGCCUGAGCAGACGCUGAUUGCCUGCUCACUACGCAUCGGAAUCAUACCUGCAGGUUCCACAGAUUGUAUCUGCUUCGCCACAGUGGGCACAAAUGACCCAGUGACCUCUGCCCUCCACAUCAUCGUGGGUGACAGUCAGCCGAUGGACGUGUGCUCGGUGCACCACGACGACACCUUCCUGCGCUACUCUGUGUCGCUGUUGGGUUACGGUUUCUACGGUGAUGUUUUGACGGACAGCGAGAGGAAACGAUGGAUGGGCCCUGCCCGCUACGACCUGGCAGGACUCAAGAUGUUCCUCACACACCAUCACUACGAAGGCACUGUGUCCUACCUGCCGGCCGCAGGCAUCGCAGGGGCACCCAGGGACACGGCCAGGUGUCGAUCUGGUUGUUUGGUUUGUCAGGACAACGGCAAAGUUUCGUCAGAGACAGACGGCAUGUGCCAGACGGAGCACAACGAGGACGACAGUGAAAACGGCAGGGGCUGGCGGACGAUCCGCGGCAAGUUUCUGGCCAUCAACGCGGCCAGCAUGAGCUGCGCGUGCCCCCGCAGCCCCAAAGGCCUUUCACCCGCCGCCCACCUGGCCGACGGGACCGCCGACCUCAUCCUGGUUCGCAAGUGUUCCCGUUUCAGCUUCCUCAGGCACCUUCUCCGUCACACUAGCAAGGACGACCAGUUCGAUUUGUCCUUUGUGGAAGUUCACCGCGUGCGGCGGUUUCGCUUCACACCACGACACUGCCGCAGUGACUCUGAGCUGGAACUGGACUUGCUGGAUGGGAAACGACAGAUCUUUGGCCAGAUCUGCCGAGACCAUCCGGCGUGUGGGUGCGCACCCGCCUUUAGCAGCUGGAACUGCGACGGCGAGAUCCUCCCGCACACCGCCAUUGAUGUCAGAGUGCAUUGCCAGCUGAUCCAACUGUUUGCCCGAGGCAUCGAGGAGGCGGCCAUCUUUGAUGAGCCGCCUCCCACUUGCUCUGUGUAGACGGAUCGCCUCGGACCGCUCAGGAGCUUCGAAUGGCUGGCGUUUCCUCUUCAUUUUACGCUCGGCAGGCGGCAUCGUAUUCUGUUUGUACGAGAAAUGGAAAAACCAGAAAGGCAGUCUGAGCUGGUGGUUGAGUUGAGUCUGACUUAAGAUGCGAGUUCGGUCUUACUGCUGUGUCAAAAGUCCUACUGAGUGAAAAGACCUGUUCCAGUCCAAUCUCAAUGUUGUUUAGCCAGGUCUGAUUUAGGAGUAGCGUCACAUUUGACUCUUGAGUCUCAAAAUGAAAGUCCUGCUUAAUGUCUUUUGAAGAACAAGUCAACCGAAGUCGUGGCGGUCUGAAUUUGGAGUCGAGCUAGGUCUGACUGUUGAAUUUAAAAUUAAGAUGUCAAGAGUGAAUACGGCCAACUCAAGUCUAGUAUGUAUUUAUUCAUUCCCAAUUUGGGUCGCGUCUGAAUUGGGUUCUGACUGCUGAGCCAAAUUCUGAAAGUCUUGACUACGAAUCUCGUGUAAGUAGCUGUCUAAAUAAAGUAUGGUGUCGGUUGAGUUCAUCUGUUUACUUGGGCCUAAAUUUGGAUUUGUUGGGACCCUCCCAUCUUUGAUUUGUCUUGUCAAUCUUUUUUUUUUCUUUUUUUUUUUUUUAAUUGAAUUGCUUAUGUUCAAUAAUGACCACUACUGAUGCAAUAACAGUAUGAAAUUGUUCCCGGAGGACUGCCACUUUUUUCACUUUUUUUUUUCUUUUUUUUUUGGCUGGAGUGGUGUAAUAUAAUAAUUUUUGCAACCAGUUUAACCUUUUAUUUAAAAAAAAAAAACGUUACAUUUAAAAAAAUAAAACUGAAUGUUUUAACUUAUUUAUGUCUGUUACACAUUGACAAAGAUUAUUCCUUUAAAAGCGAGAUUCAGUUUUCUGUAAAUGGAUGUUUGAUAGUUACAAUCAUAUUUUUUUGCCAAGUAUGUAAAAAAACUUGGAAGGAAUUUGACUUUGGUAGUUGGAGCCGCUCUAGUUUGACAUACGUUGAGUACGACAAGACAGAUUACCUUUUAUGAUCCCCAAAAAUUUGAACUUUGUCUAAAUGUUGACUUUUUUUUCAAUCUAGACUUUUUGCAUCAAUUAAUGUCUAAUAUUACAAUUCAACACAACAAUCACGAUAGUUCACAAAAGCAAAACGCCGACAUCAGUUGGACAUCAUGAAAGAUGAGUAAUUAUUUUCUUUUCCUUUUUUGGCUUAAAAACAAAUGACAUUUUAUUUUUGUUUGACAUUUCAGAUGUUGUCAUUUGUGAGCAUACGUUCCAUAACGAUUGUUCCUAAAAAGCUAAACUCAGACACUUGCUGGAUGUCAAGACUGCAAAUUGUUUCACAAAGAUAAUGGAGCUUUAUUCUUUAUUUUUUUUUUUUGUAUUCUCACAACUUUUCCCCCUGAAAGUUAAUCCUUAGUUUAUAAUUAAAAAAAAAAAAAAAAAAGACAGUUCAAGUAACCCGUUAUUUUUUUUUCUUUAAAUGACACAACUUUGACGACGUAGCAUUUUUGUGGUGACAAUUGUUUCUCUUAUGCUAAAUACACUGAUGCAAGCUGGGUAUUUGCAAAAAUGUGUUUUCUGUAUCUUUUCAUCCUUUCCAGUUAUGCAUACGAGGUUGAACGUUUCCGAUGAACAUUUUCAUAGCAAUCACCAAUGUUGUGCUUAUUAGUUGUCUUGUAUUUGACAUUUGAUUGACAGCUCAUCUCUUCUGCUGGACUCAUGAAGAUGAUGAUGAUCAUAAUGUAGCGUCUCAGUAGCAGCUCAUUUAGCCCGAUAGUGUUCUGUUUGUGUCCAUGGAGCGCCAGCUACCUUCUAGCAAAGCAGCUAACCUGUUAGCUCACAAGUUUCACUCAAAUUGUGACUUUUGCUAGCGUAGUCACUAUGCAGCUUAUUAGCAUGCUAGCCGCUGAUUAUAUGCAACCUCUCCCAUCUUGCCAGUGGUAGCCUCACGUGGAAGAAAUAAAAAUGUCAAAUCACA